CAAUGAGAUAUUAAUUGAAGGAUGCUCAGGUGUGCUAUUUAAAGAGCUAGUAUCAUCUGGUUUCGUGUUUCACUUUGAUUGGUGGAUGACGAUGUUAAAGCACAAAGCUGAGAGUGACCACAUAAUCAAGCAACACAUUAACGUUGGAUGGGACACUUCCUGUUCACAUGAUGGCUUGGCUAGAAUAUGGCAUGCAAAUGGUGUUGUCUGGGACAUAAAUGCUAAUGAAUUGAUGCAACAAUUCAGAUUCCAUUCAGGUUCUAUUCUGGAUGUUGAUUGGCGGACCAAUCGCACAUUUGCCUCGGGCUCAACUAAUACUAUGAUCUAUGUUUGCAAAAUUGGGGAAAAUCAAUCUGUCAAAUUUUUCCUGGACAUAAGGAAGUAGGCACGGUUCACAGCAAGGCACAAGGCUCUGUGACUGCUUGAGGCGAUGGGUGUACAGGCGUCAAAACGGUUGGAGGUGCAGGCAUGAGACACACUCUUGUACAUGGGAAGAUUUUGUAAAGAUGUUGUACAUACAACAUUUUGGGUUGUACAUAUAAGUUGUUUAUAUAU